AUGAUUAGGGAUACCACACACGACUACCGCUUCGCCUUCAUGUUCCUUGGCUUCGCUCAAAUGCUCGGCGCCGUGAUAGCGCUUCAGGCGAUCCUCUACAGAAAGCACAACUGCUUCCGACACCAUUGUGAUGAGGCAGACAGUGAGGUCAGAAGGAGUCGUGAAGCCCUCCUGUCGAAGUCGAGACAUCUUCCCGCCUCGUAUGUAGGAAUUUUAAAUGACAAGGACGUGGAGGAGAUUGAGGUGGAGAAUGAGGCGUUGGAGGAGGAGGACCUACUGCCACAGGCUCAAUUGAGGAGUUUUCCGAGCUGGGUGCGUGACGCUAUAGAUAAGGUGGAAGUUUCCACACAUGUGCCAACUCUUCCACUCCGAUACAAAGGCGUGAGAAACACCGUCACUCCCUUUUGA